UUGGAUCAUCAGUGAGCACAAAUAUCCAAACGUGAAAAAGUUUAAUGAAUUCAGGUUCAUCAGUUAAAAUAGGAAACCCAUUGGAAAUAUAAUUUGUAUCCAUCGCGCAGAUGGCUUUUAAAAUCCGUAAAAUAGACUAGGUUAGAUUUCGGGCACGUCGUAUAAAACUGAAAAUUUACGAAGUUGACCAGCUGACUCCCAUUAAGAGUGGGAUAUGGAAACCAUACGGUCACUUUUAAUUAAUUUACAUAUAAAAUCACAGCCUGCCUAAAUAUUUAUAUACCAAUUAUAUAUGACAAUUUCUAUUUUCGUUUACACCUUCUAAACGGUCCCGACCUCACCAAGCUAUCCAUCCGGAUAAGCGGACAUUAUCUAUUAUCUACGGCUGUUUUGCUUUGCACAGGUGUUAUGCGUCAUGUGACAGUCGAAAAAGCAGGUUGACGUGGAAUGGGUACCGUGUUACGUCAAAACUGCGUUUAAAGUUAGGAAUUUGAGAACAUAUAGAGUUCAUUUAAUUUCGUAUUGUAUUUAGUGACUUUGGAAAAUGUAAGUAGUCUACAAUUGCAGACGGUGUUCACAAAUCAGUAUGCUCAUCAGUAGCAACAGGAGAGAUGACCUGAUGGAGGUUACAGAUCUGGCAGUGAGGGAUGUUGCUGAUCUAUUGCACCCUCAGUAUGCCAUAGUGACAGGUGGAAAAUCUCGUGACGGGUGCCCCAUCAUCACAUUCCCAGACCUGGGAAACUUCUGCAGCCUUGGAGACGCAGAGUACCAGCGCCUUGUACAGUACCUGACAUCAGUGCCCUCGAUGCAGGAGGCAGACUCAGGUUUUGUGUUGGUGAUAGAUCGUCGAAAUGACAAGUGGAAUUCGGUGAAGACCGUCCUGCUCAAAGUCUCAGGCUUCUUCCCUGGCCUUAUUCAUGUAGUUUAUGUCUUACGGCCAGCAGGGUUUAUACAGAAAGCCAUCUCCGAAGUCAGCAACAAGUUGUUCAAAGAAGAGUUCAAAUUCAGGGUGGUUGUGUGUAAUUGUGUGGAGGAGUUGCAUGAUAAUGUGGAGAAAAGUCAGCUGACAGCUGACCUCGGUGGUGAGAUCCCUUACUGCCAUCAGGAGUGGAUCCAACAGCGAGUGGCUUUGGAAAAAUUUUCGUGCAACAUGCAGGAAGUGUCUGCCGCUCUGGAUAGCUUCACUCAGAGCCUACAGGACGCAGAGUUCCCAAACGAUGUGGACGCCACACAACAACUUCUCAAUUCACAGGGUAUUGAAUAUUCAGAGCUGAAGGAGGAAAUCUUGAAUGCUGCCAAGCAUGGUGAAGAUCUCCUUAAAAGUAUCAGGCAACAUCCAGCUACUGGUAAUACCAAUGGCUCGACAUGUGCCACCAGGGAGGACCAACUGGCACUAUAUCGUGUGUGUCCAUACAGAUUGGGCAAUGUCACAGCUGUGGAAAGGCUUCUGGUUCAACUCGAAGAGACGGAGAGAACUUUUGAUGAUUACUGGUUUAGUCAUUCAGCACGUUUACGACAGUGCCUAGAACUGAGAAGGUUUGAGCAAGACUUCAAAGAACUCCAGAGUAAUUUUGAUUGCCACUUGAAGAGCGUUUGUGAGAUGACAGAGGUUGGUGAGACUGUCGCAAGAGUCGACACGCUCAUCAAAGAAGCUACCGCCCUCCAGAAGCUGUGCAUGACUGAUGUUGAGAGGGCGGAGGAGCUCAUCUCAGUCGGACAGCAGCUGCUCCACAGUCGGCACUACUGUGCCCUCGAUUGUGUCCAACCCAAAUGCUCCGAGUUGCAACGGAUGUGUCAGCUGUUGCCAGAACGUCUUGAAAGCCGCCUCAGUACACUGGGCAAAUGCCGGGAUCUUCAGGAGCGAAUUGACAAGGCAAACAGAUGGUGCACACGAGGUAUAGAUUUGUUGGCGUCGCAGCACAUCGAAAAGUGUUCAACUUCUCCUGACCUCGCUGAGCAGUCGCUGCUGGAAAUUCAACAGUAUGUGACGAGUGCUGAGGAGUUCAAACUGAGCAGUCCCAAGGAGUUCCGGUCCCUUUUCCAAGACUCAAUCACUUCAGAAACUAAAGCACUUGUAACACAGGUGCUACAGAGAAUAGAUGAUGUGUCAAUGAUGUGUGAGAAACGAAUGACAAAUCUGAAACGUCUUACUCUGAAACUUCCCCGACCAGUCCAGACUGUGACGCCUGAACCUGCUGUUCCUCUCCAGCAGCCGCCAUGUUGUGCUCCGGAUCACGUGCACAAUCAUCACAGCAAAACAAGCAACAAGGUGUUCAGGAAGGCCAACACUUUGCCAAAGAUUGAAGUCCCGUCAGAUAUGUGGAAUGCUCAAGCUAUCAAGACAGAUACAUGUGAUACAGCAGCAUCAUCUCCAGACAGUGAGACAUCUACCCAGGACCUGGAGGUGUUAAAAACUAAACGUGGCCAUGUCCUGGCAGAAUUACUCGAGACAGAGAGGGUCUAUGUCAGUGAGUUGGGCUCUUUGAUUAAGGGUUAUAAGUGCGAACUUCAAUCAAGUGAAAUGCAGUCCUUGAUCCCUCCGGCGCUGGUCGGCAAGGCAGAUGUGCUGUUUGGAAAUUUGGAAGAGAUAUUCAAUUUCCACAGCAAAGUUUUUCUGCGGGAUUUGGAAAACUGCAUCUCCAACACAGAGCUGGUGGCCCUCUGCUUCACUCAAAGGAGAGACGCAUUCCUGCGUCUGUAUAGCUAUUAUUGUCAGAACAGUCCCCGUUCUGAACGUCUCAGGGAAACUGUCGGAGAGAAGAAUAUGUUCUUCCAGGCAUGCCAACUUAAGCUUGGUCAUAAACUUCCACUAGCAGCUUAUCUUCUGAAGCCAGUGCAGAGGCUAACGAAGUAUCAACUUCUGCUCAAGGAUUUGCUGCGGUACACUGACGACAAGAAGUGCCGCAAAGAGCUACAAGAGGCUCUAGACUGUAUGCUCAUAGUGCUCAAAUGUGUGAAUGACAGCAUGCACCAGAUUGCUAUCACGGGUUUCUGGGGUGAGUUGUCUGACCAGGGAGAGCUGUUGAUGCAAGGUUCAUUCUCGGUGUGGACAGACAGUAAGAAGGACCGUCUUCGAGAGCUAAGACUUAAACCCAUGCAAAGGCACAUCUUCUUAUACCAGAAAGCUAUGCUAUUUUGCAAGAAGGCUGCAAAAGAAGUACAUAACAAAGACACGUACCACUUCAAACGGUACCUUAAAAUGUCACAGAUUGGUCUCACAGAGUCGGUGAAAGGAGAUCCUCGCAAGUUUGAGGUCUGGUUACAAGGUCGGCAAGAAGUACACACAAUUCAGGCCCUGACAGUGCAGCAGAAAGAUGCGUGGGUAUGCGAAAUCAAGCGUGUGCUGUUGGAGCAACUCACCGAACUCAAAGGGGAGAAAAUUAGGCAGUACUCCCUGGCAGGCACCGGGAAACCAAUUCAUAGGCCUCUCCGUCAGACCAGUUCAUGGGAGAGUCAUACAGGCAUUCCAAACAACAUGACUGCCUUCAAUGCAGAUACUGUUGCAAGACAUCCAUCGCAUCCUCCACCCCAGCACACAGUAUCAGAAAAUGGUGAGGAGGAGGGCGAAAGUGGAGCAUGGAGUUCAGAUUACAGCAACAGUGAGGAUGAGGACACCUAUACCGAGCAGAGUGAGGCUGGAGGUCGCUUCACAGCACUUGCUGAUUACUGUGCCGUGGGGCAUAGUGAAGUCUCUAUGCACGAGGGGGAUGCAGUUGAGCUUGUGAAGGUGGGUUGUGCUGGAUGGUGGUAUAUCAAAGUUAUUGGUUCAAAUUUAGAGGGCUGGGUGCCUUCUGCAUACCUGGAACCAUUUGGUAGGAGAUCUCUCCGCAGCUCACAGUCGGUCAGCAGCCAAGAUGGUGGCAAGUCCAGUGUUGCAUUACCUUUGGCGUGAAAGCAACACCCAUUCCUCGAUACCCGAAGAGCGGUUGUCUCUGUUGUGAUGAUUGAGUUUCUGGAUCCUUUAGAAUUGAGCCAUCCCUGUGUGAUUUGUUCAGAUUGUCUAAUGCUGGCAUUGGCUUGUAAGAUUGCUAGCGAUAUUGUGAACCUUGCUGAGUACAAGUAUUUGUGAUAAAGAUGUUGUGAUUUUGUUAUGAACUUAUGGUUGUUAUAAAUCUGUGUGUAAUAAAAUUAAAUAAAAUUGAAAUUUACUGAAAAAAUUACAGGGCAAAGGAACAAAAAAAUCAGAUGCCCUUUGUAUUUAUCAGUUUUGAGAUUACUGUCUUUUGGGAACGAUGCCAUAUUUUCUGGUAGAAAGUACUAAUGGUCCAUAGUAAUCUGUGCCUCCAUCUUCAGGGUAGAUGAAUACACUGUGCAGAAAAAUGAGAGUUACAGGUAUAGGAAAAGGAGAAAAGGAACUUGGGCUGUGAGUGGGUGAGUGUGAGACAGUGAUCCAUAAAAGGCUAUCCUUUCACAUGUUAGGUACCCCCCUUUUAGGAUGAAGUCUGCAUCUAAUCCCAGUAUCAUGUUACUGUGAUGUACUAGCCCACCCAUAGUCCUGGUAUCAUGGUACCAUCACCUGUUUGCCUGGUACAGUAGUACCACAAACUAUUUUUAUGCUAGGAGCACCAGUUCUUUUCCCCAUUACAUAUAUCUUCUGGAGAUAGAGACAACAUGGUUCUCCAAAAUGUUGGUACCCUUGUACAAGACUACAUGAAGUCACAUUCCAGAAGACAGUAAUCCUCAUAAUGACCACCAUGAGACUCACAGUCUCAAAUCAUUUUCUCAUGUUUGUUGUGAAUAAAGAAAAUGUAUGUAUUAUUCUCAUAGAUAUUGUGCUUAAUUUAUAAUUUUAUUUAUAUUUAAAUGUUACAAAAUAAAUUAAUUUGCUUACUCCAAAACCUAGUGCUACAGGUUAUUCAGUAAUCACAGGGCUGUUUAAUCAGAAUUUAUUUAUACCCAAAAUGGAGACUUUCAAGUCCGUGGUGAAAGGAAUAAAAUAUUAAACACUGAAAAUUGAAUAUAUUGCAUUAUAGUACAGUGUGUUAAUAAAUGUAUGAAUUAUAUGCAGCAGAAAACCAGCUUCUAAGUAUCAGAGAUGAGAGAGUGGGAGAUUUGCAAGGGCUUGUCUCACUGUCCAGGAAAGGUUUUAGAGAGAAAGAAAGAUGACUUUGUAAGAGGAAGGCCUUCUAGGGAAACUGUAAUGCCGAUAUUCUGGUCAAUUAAGGAGCUUUUCUCUUAAAAGAUAUCUGGAAUCUGAGGGGGUCUGUGGACUGUCUUCAUAUUGUUAUAACUACAACACUGAUUGAUUUGAACUGAUCUUAAAUGCCUUUAUUAUUCAUAAUUCUCAGUAUAUUUAACAAAUCAAUCCAGAGCUUAACAGUUAAAAAUAAACUAACUUAACCAUUCCCAUUAUCUCUUAAAGAGUAAUACAUAAGCACAUAUUUUUGUUUCAUCUCAUUUAUGAUAAAUUCCACAAACAGCUCCAAGCUUUUGCUAUUUUGUGUUGUUCCUGGAAUAUACCAUUAUCAUACACUGAGUUAAUAUUGCUUUAUUUGAACGUUAGUAUUCAAUUUAAAUUUGUAAAAUGGUGAUGAUUCUGGGAUAGAGAAAUGCUAACCUAAAUGUUCAUGAUUCCAUUUCCUUCAAUAAAGAUAUACCUCUAUGACUUGAUCUGCUAUUAGGAUUACUGAGGCCACAGAAAGAAGUCCCAUAGUUUGUCCCCCUUCACACUACUCUCAAGCUGUUAUGCUUCUGCCUUCAGUAUACUUCCCUAUAUUCCCUGCCAGUCAGGAAGUUAUUGUAUGAAAGUUAGCAGAGGUAACCUUUGCUUAUGACAAGCACUUUGUCCUGAUUGAUAUAUACCACAGGCAGCUGUAGGGGAACCUAAAAGUAAACAUAAAAGUUAGACAGGUUAUGUGCACUUCCAGAGAACUCCUUGGCCUCAGUGUAGUAUCAUCUCCUAAACAAUAAAUGUAAUGUCUUGAUUUGGAGGUUUGUAACCUGAUAUUGAUGUCUCCAUCACAAUAGUUCCAUUGGCUUUACUGCCAUAACUCUGUUACUGAGACAUACUUGUGAAACUGUUAUCUAAGGUAAUUCCAGUGAGAUAGGACUGACUGUGAGAUGUAUUCCGAUCCUUAUCAUCUCAAGUUCAGAGCUGUCUUAUAGUCAUGCACUGCUCUACUAAGCAGGGUUUUCAACAUCAGCAAUUAUAUCGGUGAUGCAGUAUUUUAGUUUAUAAUACAUUUAUACAAUUUUACAUUUGUUACUGGAUUCUUAGUGUUCCAGAUAUAAUUUUAUCUAUUUUCUGUGAUGUUAAUAAUGCCAAGUUAUUGUUGUUGCAGUUGUAAUAGUUUUGUUGUCAAAUGUUUGUUACUUUGGGAUCAAGUUCAUACUUUACCUCACGUUGUUUCAUGUUGCAAUGAAAGUUUUGUUGUUCACAUCACAUGUUCUUAAAUUGUGGUGUUAAAUACAUAGGCAGGAAAUACAGAGCCAGUUCUAAGAUACUGCCUUUGUGUUAAUUUUAAAUAUGUUUUUGGAAAUACACAGUUUUUUCAUUUUGUAUUCUAUUUAAAAAUUACUGCUUUCCCAUAUUAGACUGGAUAGUUGAAUGAAACUUUCAAGAAGUAUAGAAGGAAAAACCAGAAGUAAGAGAAUAAGAAAACAGUUGAAGAGAAAUUAAAGAUAGAUACAUCAGAAGAUAAACUAAUAAAUAACAGAAUGGGAUGGCAUAGGCAUGUUUUAAAAAUGACCCAGAAAAAAAAAAUCAGAAUA